UACUCAAAAUAAAAAUAAAAAAUAAAUGAAUGUCUGUUGACUUGACAGCUGGCCGGCUUGUGCUCUUUGCUCUCUUCCCAGGGUGAAUGUGUGUUCGUUGCCCCCCUCCAUAACCUAGUGCCGAGAAUGGCUUUCUCCGCGCUAAACAGCCCAGCCCAGAGAGCAGAUGGUGGCGAGCUGUGUCCCAGCUGUGGGCAGCUACAUCAAGCCGUGGACAACCACCUCUAUAACUUCCAGGAUGAGGUAGACGACGAGCUGAUGUGCAACAUCUGUCUGCAGCCAUUGCUCCAGCCUGUGGACACUCCAUGUGGCCACACCUACUGCUACCGCUGCCUGGAAAGCUUCCUGCAAGAUUCCGAUUUCUGCCCCAUGGACCGCGAACCUCUGACAUUCCCCAGCUGUCGCAAGUCAACCUUGUUGGUGAGAAACCUGCUGGACAAGCUUAUCGUCUUCUGUCCUUUCCAUCCCGACUGUCUUCUCACCAUGCAGAGGUGUGAGCUGGAGGGUCAUCUACAGAAUAG